UGUAUUUUUUAGGAGUUAUGAAUGAUAACUAUUUUAUACAAUUACAAAUAUCUAGAAAUAAUAAGUUGAGAGAGAAAUGUCAUAUUUAGAAGAAUUGCAACUGUUUCAUCCUUUGUCAAUCCUUUAUAUUCCACGAAACGCGCAAAUAUAUCGCCCAUCCUUUCUGAAACACCGCUAAACUCGAUCAAGGAGUAGUAUUAUUUCUUUAAUUUGUACUCUUUUGGGAUGUCGCUUUCAGAGCGAGCAAGAGCAUUUUCCAUCGACGCAAUUUUGUCGUCAACGAAAUCUCCAGAAAAGGUAGAUAACGACAAUGUUGACGCUUACAGGCCGACGUUUCAUCCAGGCGUCCUCAAGGCUGACGAUGUCACCCACGACACUGACUACGAACGACGAUACGAAGAGGAUUAUAAUCCUACCGGGUUUGAAUUCAAUAGUGAUAUUCAUUUCCAGCCACGGAUGUCAUUGUGGAGAGGACGAAAGGCAUCAGUCUCAUCGAGCACAUCGACGUUGAAUUCAGCCUCGUCAACGACUGAUGUCAACUUCGGUAGCUCACACAGUAUCCGCAGAAGCUCAGACGAAGCCGAUGGCGCGUUUCCAGGCACCCCCUUCGGGAGCCGUUUGGGAUCGCUGGCUGUUAGUGACGAUUCCUUAAAUUACGAAGACCCGAUGAUCGUAGGCGAUAUCGACGAUGACGCCCAUCCGAUCAGUUCGACAGUUAAUGGGAUAACGAUCACGUUGGCGCAGUCUUCUUUGUGGAGGAGGUUCCACGAAUGUGAGACAGAGAUGAUUAUCAACAGGUCGGGAAGGAGAAUGUUUCCAUGUUUUGCAGUUACGUUGUCAGGUUUACAACCGGAUGCCCUUUAUCGAAUUUCUGUGUCUAUCACGUCAGAAAACCGGAGUCGCUAUAAGUUCAUAAAUGGAAAAUGGCUGGCUGUUGGCAAAGCCGAUCCGGAGGUUCCAAACGAACCCUACGAGCAUCCUCUGUCGCCAAACCGUGGCCUCUUCUGGGAGAGCAACGUCGUGAGCUUUGUAAAACUCAAGAUCACCAACAACAAGGACACCAAAGCGAAAAAUCAAAUCGUUCUGCAUUCAAUGCAUACUUACACUCCUCGACUGUUCAUUGAACGACUAUCUGACGAACCAUCUCCAAACAAUUCCAAAGGAGAGAGAGACUUGACGUCCGGACCGUCGUCAUCGUCUCAUUCGACCUCGAUAUCAUCUCCUUCUACCUGGAUGCACAUGCAGACAUCAGACUCCUCAUCCAACGACACAGCAUCGACGUCGACAGGGGUCAGGCAUCCAGCGGGUUCCAUGUCGUCACCGAUGACGAGAAGCCCAUCACACGAUCACCGAUUGGAAGAGAAGACAUGCAUAUCAUUCCCGGAGACAUCUUUCAUCGCUGUGACUGCAUACCAGAAUGAUCAAAUCACUCAGUUGAAGAUACAGAACAACCCGUUUGCAAAGGCAUUCAGAGAUGCCGAAGUCGCGGCAAUGUUACAAGGAUCUCCCAUGUUCCCGGUUGAGCACCAUCUACUUGCUGAUUACAGAGAGCGAGGAGCUUUUUCAUCAACCCAUUCACUAAAUGGUCACAUGAUUGGCAAGAGAAGAAUCGGUUUACCCGUUAACAUGCAGCGCUUAAUACCUCACCUCGGUGUCGUUCCGGGUCAUCAUCAACCACCACCCAUGGCCAGAUCAAUGGCGAAUAUGCGAGCAGAAACCAAUGACAGUCCUAACCCAAAUCUUCUUGGACAUGACCUGAACUGGAAGGUGUCAUCUGCGACUAACCUUGCUGGAAGGGUCAACGAAGGUGCGAUCCAUGAGAGUUGUGGAUUCCUUCCGAGCCUAAGUUUAUCACAAAGAGCAAACAGUGAUGUAGAACUGUCCGCCAAAGCCAAUGCCAGUAGGAACCAGUCGUUGAUCUCUUCUUUCCCAUUCGGAGGUCUGGGCAUGGGUUCCGAUGGAGGGUUUAGGAAACGCGCCCUUUCAAAUCUUGGAGAUAAUGGAAGAGAAUCUGAUAAGUGGAUGCUUAGGAAUUCUUUGAUAGAUGCAUCUCGGUUCUCGGAUAAGGAACAGACCACCAAGCUCUACAAAUCGCUACCGUGGUUCUUAGAUUCCCCUCAGAUAAUUGUAAGCGAUACGGCUAAGGCGGAAGGUCAAGAAACACCAUCCAUGCCAUCGGCAGAAGCUAAGCCAGUCCCCUCUUCUUUUGAUGAUAAAAUGAGCACAGAUGAUCGAAAUACGAAAAGGAAUUCGGCGGGUAAAUUGGAUAUAGGGGACAUUCCGAAUGCAGAAGAAUCCGGAGGUUCAUCUGGGAAACUGAUGGUCCCGCCAAACCAGGCCUCUUUGACCCCGAAUCAGCGAUAUCAUUUAGUAAUGAAUAGAGGGGACCUUACGAGACGCGUGACCAUCCACACCACGGAUUCCUUCCGAUCGCGCAUCAGAGAUUCGCCGGUGAUGAAGCCCCGGCGAAGUCUGGAUUUGGCAGAGAUGUCAGCAAGUCUCUACCACUUCCGGGGCUCCAGCCACUCGCCAAGGCUGGGCAAAAGGGAUAGUGUGCUUGGUACGGAGUAUACUGGGUCGUGUGGAAGCCUGAACGAAGAAACACCAGAAGAUCCAAUGGAACCACACCAUUAAGAUUGGGGUGCGAAUAUGCUUUUGCAGACACGCCCACCCACACCCACACGCACAUUCCCAUCCCACACACAAAUAUGACUCUUAUUAUGUGGGUUUCUAUUUUACUUGUCAGUGGUAUUUGUCGGUUGCCUGAGUUCGGUAAGUCGUUUCUAUUCACUUCAAUUCAACUGAAAUCAAUUAAGUUACGAUCUAUUCACCAAUAAUAGUCGAAUUAUGUUGAAUUCUAUUUAGGGCCUUUUCACACGUGAAUCUUGAAUCAUCAUUGUAAUAAUGAUUGCUAUUGUAAUUGUUACUGUGGUUAGCGUUCGUGAUUCUAAUCAUGUUCUAGUUUGGUUUCACACGUGCUAAAUAUCCGUCAUUAGCCUUAUUUUUCACUGGAAUCAUCAUUCAAAUUACGAUUUUUUUUUACCGUAUGAUUAGUUCCGAUCACUUCCGUUUAGUUUAGUUUUGUCAAGUUUCUUACCCUUUAGUUAUUAUUAUUAUGCGUGUUUCCAUUCAAUUCUGUUCAGAUCAGCUCAGUUGAGUUGAUCUGAGUUCUGUUAGUUUUGUUCAGUUAAAAUCAAAUAGGCAUACGGUUCAAUACUUCAGUUCAUUUCAACUCUGUUGUGUUCAGUUACAUUCAAUUUAGGUCAGUUUUGUUAUAUUUAGUUCCGUUCAGUUCAGUCGUGUUCAGUUACGUUCAAUUCAAUUCAAGUCAUUAAUUCCGGAAGCUUAACAAUGCCAACCAGAUUAGGAAAUGAUUGAGAGACAACAAGAAGGGUUAAAUAAUGAAAAGACGGGUUGUUGAAACUUGGCAAGUCGAUUUGUAUGGGACAAGAAAACAAAAUGACGAAUUGUUGAAAAUGCAAGUCGACUCGUUUGGGAUGAUGAGUUGUCGAAAUUUUGAAAAUCGACUUGUUUUGGACAGGAAGACGAGAUCGGUUUUGUUCAUUUACAUU